AGCAUAAAGAUUGAAAUUUCUGGUUUCAUCCCUCCAUCCCAACAAUCUAAAGCCACCGCAUCCUUCCACACAAAGAGCGAACUCUAAUGGCCGGGGACAAGAACACCAGUGGGUCAGAAAUGGCGGAAUCAAGAAAGCGGACAAGCGAGAUGGAUUCACAAGAGAGCGAAACAAGCUUCAGAUCAGAUGCGGAGCAAACAGUUGACGGAAGGCCAUGCAACAGAAGAUCUGGAAGAGUAUGGGCGGAGACAAGAAGAUUGCUAGGGCAACGCCGACAGGAUUCAGAUGCAGAGCAGUCUCGGAGCGUGCAGCCUGGAGAGCCGUUGGUAGCGCUUCAUCCUGUAGGGGGGAUAAUGAGCAUGACACUGAUUUUACAUCAGAUACAGAGUUCAUGUGGCCCCAAGAGGAAGGGCAGGUGGCAGGUAUUCUACCUAGACAAUGUAAACUUUGGUGCAAUGGCCGCCAACCAAACCUUGCUGCCAUGUACUGUCGACUACCCAUAUGGUCUUGUUAAAAAACUAGCGCGUGAUGACAAGGUGAAGACCACCGGAGCACGGAUGACACUCUAUGGGUGCAAUAAGCUACGACCAAAAGAAACGGUCAUAUACAGCCGUAGCACAGACCUAAAGGGCAGAGGGAGCAGGCUUGCGCAGAACUUGCAGGAUAUGGUACAUACAUGAGAUCCCGACAAUGCUUCAGAUCGAUGGCAAACUUCUUCAUGGCAUCGUUGGGGAUUUCGACAUUUGCACUACAACCAUGAAUGCGAUUGCAAGGCUGCACCACCAAUUGGAUGAUGAGAUGUAUGCAAGGUGGAGUGAGAAAAUAUGGAGACGCUUCUGCGAGUGGACUUUGCGGUAUGUUCUUACGAUUCUAAACUUCGUUUAUGAGCAGGUCUUUAUAUUCAUGUACCCAGUAAAAAAAUAAUUUUCUAAAAAAGUAAAAGUUUGGGACAAUGCUUAUGCUGUACCAAUGAAUAAUCAUGUUGUAUGUGUUUUGGAACCCCACACUUGUGCUGAAAGUAGACAUGUUAUUCAUAUUGCUAGUGAUAAAGAUGAGCUGCAGUUACUAUCUUCUUUAAAUAUUUUGGAUUACAUUGAAUUUGAUAUAUUGUGUAAUCUAAGUUGUUUGGAGGAGAGACUUUUUGGAUAUGCUGAUUUAUCAUGGUUUUCUAGACACACAUAUCAUGUUGUUGGCAAAUAUAAAAACAACAGACAAUACAUGAUACAACACGUUUACAUUAGUAGCAAUAUGGAUUCUUCUUUUAUUGUGCAAGAUUGGAAUCAACUAAAUGGAUCCAAUGUCGCUGCUAAUAUUCAUAUGCCAUCUACUCGUAUGCUACCGCUUGUUAGUACUAAUCUUUUGCAGAAUAGUAUUGACCAACAACGUGUACAUUCCGAUCAAGGAGCCUACAUGCUUGCUGCAAUUUUUGUGCGUGAUGACACACUAGAAAAUUGGAUAUAUGGUCACAUUCCUCCUCACAGUUAUUUCGGUUUCCUUUGUUUUUGCAAUUCCGUUUUCCUUUGUGUUGUGCAGGAUCAAUUUAGCGCACAAUCAACGUCGAGGAUGGCUUUUUAUCAAGAAGGGGAGGAUGAUGAGGACAUGACACUCAUGAAUACCAUCAUGAUUGGUGCAUGGCAUGGAGAAGGAGGAGUCCAGCUAGUGUGUCCAAGUCAAGAAGGAGGCUCAAGACUAAUUCAGUUCGAGUCGCCAAGGUGGAGGCCCAAAGCAAUUCAAGUUCGAGCCCACCUCGAAGUCCAGGAGCAGCAUGUACAAAAAACAACGCGCAGAUCGCAUACGGAGUCCUUUUGGACGUUCUUUAUAUGGAUGGAAAUGGAAUUUUAUAGAGCUUCCAAUGGCACCGGUCCCACAUCAAAAUUCCAUCGGAGUCGACAGGAAUCGUCAAAACAAGUGGAUUUCCAUAAUCUGUCAGGGUGCUACGCCAUCGUCUUUUGGACUGUUGGCCCGUGUAUCGUGUUGAAACCCAUAGGGGCACAUCCAGGGGGUCAUCCACGACCUAACCCUCGUAUAUUCAGCAGCUACCGCCAUAUUAGGGUUUGGGUUUUGUUUAGUUCUAGUUUUCCGUUGAGAAACAGACAUCUUCAUUGUAACUGUGACGUCGAGUCCUUUUGCUGUGAAU